ACAGUACAGUACAGUACAGUACGUUAGGGUUAGUCAGUGCUGUCUCUAAAAAGCUCUGUGUUAACUGCGAUCACCCGCAGAUGGACACAGUGUUGCACAACUCUUCUGCGCUAGUUUCGCUAAAAGUAAUUUCUCUUCCUUUGUCGUUGAGGAUUAAAUGCGUUUGCAGAUCUGGGUGUUGCUGACUAGAGAAGCAGAAAGUGGAGUGAAGCUGUGACCAGAGAGACGCGGAUAAAAAGGGUUUGAGGAUGGAGCAGUCACACGGGGACUUUCCUCCACACUACGCUUCAGGUAGCGCACAGCAGUCGAAGUCAGCAUCUUCUUUCUGCCACGACCAGGAGGAAACUCCAGUAAAACCAUCAGUGGCUCAGCUGGCUGGAAGACUCCGAGGUCACGCACUGCCAAUGCCAGGAAACAAAGAGGUUAAAUUAAUGAGAAGACCUCCAUGCUCUCUGCAGAUAAACAACCAAACAGAUAAAGAUACCAAACAUGAGAAAUCAUCAAUCUGUCCUCCAAAAAUGAAGAUAAAAAGUUCUCCUCUCAUUGAAAAACUACAGGCCAACUUAGCUCUUUCUUCAAGCGUACUACUGUCAGCCCCUAAAAGUCCAGAGAGCAAACACCCACCCACUGUUUCCAAUCCAAGCAGCCCAUGCAGCUCCCAUAGAUCCACCCUGCAGCCAGUUCAGCUGUCCUGUGAAGAUGAAGUGCCGGUGUGCUUCGAGCAACCGGUCGAGGGCACUCCGCUGCCCAGCAUUAACAAGAGCCGAGCCAGGCUGUCUUUUAAAAGACGUCUGCCCACGCGACAACACAGGAAGUCAGCAUGCGAGGAGGCAAAGGCUCACAUGGAAGACGAGUCGUCACAACAACCAGACGACCCGCGGCAGAACGGUGACGGAGAGGAAGUUUUGGGGGCCUCUCUGCCAGAGGAUGAAGAAGAUAAGAUGUCUUCCUCUCAUACAGAUCCAGAAGAGCAGGAGAGAGACAGGAUAGAGAACAGAGUUGCUCUUCAGAAAAAUGACAGGAGUGAAGUGAGCCAGACAGAAAAUGAUAAGAAAGUGACGUCAGAUGAGCACCAGCCUUCUGACUGUAAACAGACACCAGAACCAGAGCAAGAUAAAACGGCAGGAGAACAGACAGAAAUGAAGGAGAACAAGGAACUGCUGGGCAUUUGACGUAAAAUGCUAAAGAAGGAUGGACACACGUGGACCUUAGUAUGAAUGAAGACGGACAAUGUCUGAACGCAAGGACAGAAUUAUUUUCUUGUCGAAUAAUGGAUUUGCGGACUUUUAUGAAUGUUACUUAAAGGGUUAGAUCUAGGCUAGCCGAAAUGAACCUACCUACCUACCAGAACGCUAGUUUGUCUGAGCUAUUCAUACGCCUCAGUUUUUUCUUCUACUUGAUUUGUUAUUGGCUUUUGGAAAAGGCCUCUUUAAAGAACCUAUUCAGCUAUUACCUAUCACACCGUGAUUAAAAAAUCUUUUUGAAAUCAAAAAGCUGUAUUUUGUAAUAGUGGGCUGACACAGCUUACCCCAAAGCAUAAAUCAUAGUUACCAUUUUUAGGAAGAUAAAAAAUCUUUUCCAAAUUAAUGUGUGACCUAUAUCGAAACAGCCACAGAACUUGUAUUGUCUAUCUGUUUAUGCAUUGACAUUUUUUCAUAAACAAAUCCUUCUCAAUUAUCUUGAGUGCAUUUCUCAUUCACAGGCAGCUGUAUGAAGGGUCUUUAAAUAUAUGGGCAUAAAAGAUCAAGUUUGACUCGCUUACAUUUUACCCCACUCUGCACUACUCAUCCAGAUUUACAGGUACAUUGUGAAUCCUUAAACAGUCUUAAAUUCCCACAAUGUUCCUGUUGUCCAGCUCUGACGAUGACCCUAAAUCUGUGUGCCACUUUCAAUCUGGUGACAGUUAUUGAAAUCCAUCACUCCUUUUCUUUUUAAAGCUUGCAUAGAUUACAAAUGUUCUAAUACAUAUGCAAUACAUCUCUAAUACAAUGCAAUAGGAGGAGAUUUCGCAAAAGCCAAAUGUAUCUGCAGUGUCCAUUGUUAUGCAAAGAACAGUGAUACUUGAAUGUUAAAUGGGAAUGAAUGUAUCGCUGUGACUGCAAUGCUACUGUAAAGACCUUUUACUGUCUAUGUAAGAAUCAAUAAAAACUUGUUUUACGCUUAA